AUGUAUAUAUAUAUAUAUUCUUGUAUAGCUGUUACACUUUCUAAACGCAAAGCGGCAAAAAAUACCAGAAGGAGAAGAAUUGUUAAAACCCAAACUGCCGACCACUUCGGUCUUCCCAGAGAGAAAUAUAUACACAUAUAUAUAUAUAGAUAUAUAGAGAAAGAAAGAAAGAAAGGAGCUUGAAUCUGAUUGAUUGCUGAAGCGUUUAGAUUUGCGAAUGGGUAUUCUCAAGUGUUUUUAGGGAGGGAGAGAGAGAGAGAUUGUGUGUUUUGAGAGAGAGAGAUGCAGAAGAAGAAGUGGAGAGCAUUGGUGGUGCUGAGGAAAGUGCUAACGUGCGCCAUAUGUUCAAUAGCAUUGGUGGCUCUCUGCUCAGUCCAUGUUCCCGCCUUCCCUUCUUCUAAGGUUCCCAAGUUCUCUGACCCUUUCAAGCUCCCCACGAAACGUGAACAUAAAUACCAGAGGUUGAGCGCCGAGCGGAGCUGGACUCAGGAGCUCGCUCCUCCCCAUUCCAAAUCUCCUCUCCCUUCUCGCAAGUUGGAUGAGGCCAGUGGGAUUUUGGAAUUGGAAAAGGAAAAGCUAUGGAAACCUCCAUCGAAUCGAGAUUUCGUGCCAUGUGCAAACCCAAGUCUUAAUUAUACACCCCCUGCCGGGUCUCGAGGUUACCUUUUAGUUCAUACCAAUGGUGGGCUCAAUCAGAUGCGUGCUGGGAUAUGUGACAUGGUUGCUGUUGCCCGGAUUAUAAAUGCCACGCUUGUAAUCCCAGAACUUGAUAAAAGAUCAUUUUGGCAAGAUUCUAGCAAUUUUUCAGAUGUUUUUGAUGAGGAUCAUUUUAUUGAAGCUCUUGCUAAUGAUGUAAAAGUCAUAAAGAAGCUUCCCAAGGAUCUAGCAAAUGCUACAAGAGCAGUAAAGCACUUUAGAAGCUGGUCUGGAAUGGAGUACUAUGAGGAUGAGAUAGCUAGCAUGUGGGAAGAUUAUGAAGUUAUCCGAGCUGCUAAGUCUGAUUCUCGCUUAGCAAAUAACCAUCUGCCCCCAGAUAUACAGAAGUUGCGAUGUCGUGCUUGUUAUGAAGCUCUCCGCUUUGCACCUCAAAUUGAGGCCAUGGGGAAGUUGUUGGUGGAUCGGAUGCGGUCAUAUGGUCCUUACAUUGCAUUGCACUUACGAUAUGAGAAGGAUAUGCUUGCCUUUAGUGGAUGCACUCAUGAGCUGUCUCCAGAUGAAGCUGAUGAACUUAGGGUGAUCAGAGAGAACACUCCAUAUUGGAAAGUUAAGGAAAUUGAUUCCAGUGAACAGAGGUCCAAAGGCUUUUGCCCCUUAACUCCAAAGGAGGUUGGGAUACUUCUUACAGCUCUUGGAUACCCUUCAACCACUCCCAUAUACAUUGCAGCUGGAGAAAUUUAUGGAGGUGAUUCUCGCAUGGCUGAUCUGCAGUCUCGCUAUCCCUUAAUAAUGAGCAAGGAAAAAUUGGCAACUGGUGAGGAGCUUGAGCCUUUCACUAAUCACGCAUCUCAGAUGGCUGCUCUUGACUACAUAGUCUCAGUUGAAAGUGAUGUAUUUAUUCCUUCUUACUCGGGAAACAUGGCUAGGGCUGUUGAAGGUCAUCGGCGUUAUCUUGGACAUAGGAAAACAAUAUCCCCUGACAGAAAAUCUCUUGUUCGCCUGUUCGACAAGCUUGAGCAGGGAACAAUGAAAGAAGGUAAAAACUUAUCAAGUCGAAUCAUUGAAAUCCACAGAAGACGGCAAGGCUCACCACGGAAAAGAAAAGGUCCCAUCUCGGGAACAAAGGGCAUGGAUAGGUUUCGUUCAGAAGAAGCCUUCUAUGUAAACCCUCUGCCGGAUUGCUUGUGUCGAAAAGAACUACCUGUUGUGAACAACUCUUUGACAAUGAGGUAGUAUGGGAUAUGAGCUAACAGCGAAGAACGAUUCUCGUUGUAAAGAUCCCCACGGGUAGGGGGUGGCAGCACAUUUCCAUUCCUUGCAAUUUAUUGGUACUUUAGAUGCUGGUAGUUGCCAUUAUAGGCCAUAGCGGGGGACACGGAGUGUGUAUAUUUUCUGAGCUUUUUUAGUUAGGUGGUGGGGGCAGUACAGAAAAUUAUAUUAUAGUAGAAAUGGAGUAUGCAUUUAAGGGUGCAAGAUAGGAAUAGAGAUGGUUAACCAAAUGCAGCCUUUCCUUAUGACCAAGGCAUAUUUAUGUGCCUUGCGAAGUUGGCCUGGUUUCUGGAGUGGGAUAACCAUUCACUUAGGGGAAUGGGAUGGGAUUACUUAUAUUUUAUCUUUGCUCAAAAAUGACUUGCACUCUUUGUAAUCUUCUUACUCAUUAAAUUCCAAUAAUGAAAAAAGAAAGGAACAUUCAUUUCCA